AUGUUUCUCCAACGAGGGUCCCGAGUCCUGCGGAGGCAAUUGCAGACCUCCAAGCUGGUCGUGGGCAGAAGCACGCCCUCGACGCCGCGGUGGUUCACAGAAUCAAGGAGGCUGUAUGCCGUGAAACCCGUAUUGCUGGCAGAUAUCGGCGAAGGCAUCGUCGAGUGUGAAGUUAUACAAUGGUUCGUCCAGCCUGGCGCGCGCGUCGAGGAGUUCUCGCCGCUAUGCGAGGUACAGAGCGACAAGGCGUCAGUCGAGAUCACAAGUCGCUUCUCCGGUACUGUCAAGAAGCUACACUACGAAGCGGGCGACAUGGCCAAGGUCGGCAAGCCCUUUGUCGACAUUGACAUUGAAGGAGAAGCCGAGCCAGGAGCUCCUGCGCCGCCGCCGCCAUCGUCACCACCAACGCCAUCGUCGUCGUCGUCGCCGUCGCCAUCGCCGGCAGAGUGCCAACCAAGUCCGAGCAGUGGUAGCCCUAGCGCACAAGUCGACAGCGCAUCCAAUGCCGCUACGUCCAAGCCCAAAGGAAAGAUGGCAACACUGGCCACGCCAGCCAUUCGCCAUCUCUCCAGGGAGCUCAGGAUCGACAUUGCUGACAUUGACGGCACCGGAAGGGACGGCAGAGUUCUCAAGGAGGACAUUUUCAGGUUCGUCAAGAGCAGAGACCAGGUCGACGGCGACAGGUUGCCCACCGGAACACCACCACCACCACCACCACCACCACCAUCACCAGGCCCGCAAACAGAAACACGGGUGUCGCUCUCGCAAACCCAGCAGAUGAUGUUCAAGAGCAUGACGCGGUCCCUCACCAUCCCGCACUUUCUCUACGCCGACGAGAUUGACUUUUCCCACCUCGUCGCCCUCCGCGCCCGGCUCAACAAAGUCCUCCUCUCGCAGUCCGUCAUGGUGCAGCAAGACCAGCAGCCCCGGAAGCUCUCGUACCUGCCCUUCAUCAUCAAGGCCGUCUCCAUGGCUCUCUACCAGUUCCCCGUCCUCAACGCCCGCGUGGACGCCGACGCGUCCAGCAACAAGCCCAGCCUCAUCAUGAGAUCCCAGCACAACAUCGGCGUGGCCAUGGACACGCCGCAGGGGCUGCUCGUCCCCGUCAUCAAGGACGUCGGCUCCCGCAACAUCCUCUCCGUCGCCGCGGAGCUCGUGAGGCUCCAGGAGCUGGCGCACGAGGGCAAGCUCUCGCCCGGGGACAUGAGCGGCGGCACCAUCACCGUCUCCAACAUUGGAAACAUUGGCGGCACGUAUCUCAGCCCCGUGAUUGUGGACAAGGAGGUGUCCAUCUUGGGCAUCGGCCGGAUGAGGACCGUCCCUGCCUUUGACGAGAACGACGCCGUGGUCAAGAAACACGUGUGCAAUUUCAGCUGGAGCGCGGAUCACAGGGUGGUUGACGGAGCGACCAUGGCGAGGGCCGCCGAGGUGGUGAGGCGGGUUGUCGAGGAGCCAGAUAUCAUGGUUAUGCACCUGCGGUAG